AUGGAGGGUCUUGCUUAUAUGAAGGAACCAAUCGCAGGCUCGGAUGCGGGAACAGAGGGGCAUCUGAUGCUGGGCAGGAGACGUGUUUGGAGCUCAGUCCAUGGACAAGCUUCUCUCUCUGCCUAUUUCCAAACCCGGCAAAGCUGCGUUCAGGCUAAAGAAGGCAUAGUACGACUCAGAAGGUCCUCUGAAGACUAUGAGAAACGCAUAGAGCAGAUGGCUGAGAAUGAUCUCUACGACAGCUACAAGCAAAAGCACGGUGCCGCUAUAGAGAACAAGGCACAGAAGGAUGUGGAGGAGGAGAUGCGUCAAAAUAUCCGGUAG